AACAGCCUGGAGCUGGAUUAUACUUUUUGGAUAUUCAUCGCUGCUAUUUCGCUUUUACAUCUCACUUAAAUCAUAUCUUCUUCUAAUGUAUAUUUGAGUUGCAUCUUUUUGGGAACCUGUCGAGCGCUUGUUUUUCGCAGCAUCUCUUAUGAGUUGUCAACUUGUCUCAGGUCUCUGAUACUGUCUCACUCAUUUCAGCACCUUGUUGAGCUUCUUUCGCCACCAGCCAUGGGGGACAUCAAAGACGGCGACGCAAAUGAAAUCUGGGAGAUGUCGGAGCAGGGCUGUUAUGUGGGAUUGACGUAUGAUCACCUCAAUAUCCAAGAGGCAAUGGAUAAAGUCCGCAGCCCCAUGGCCGGGGCAAUCGUCUUAUUCGCAGGAACCACAAGAGAUAACUUUGCCGGAAAGCCGGUAAAGGAACUUCAUUACACAGCCUACAACAAACUGGCAUUGCGAUCAAUGCUGGCUAUCUGCAAAGACAUCCUCAACAAGCACGGACUCAAGGGCAUCUCCAUGAUUCAUCGUUUGGGCACCGUGCCCAUAGGCGAAGAGAGCAUUCUCAUCGCAGUCUCGUCACCGCAUAGACAAGCUGCGUGGCGGGCAGGUGAAGAGGCCUUGGAAGCAUGCAAGUCAAGAGUAGAGGUGUGGAAGAGAGAAGAGUUUGAGGGCGAAGAAGGCGUCUGGAGGGCAAACCGAGAUGGCGCCAUGGGACAAAAGAUGGAUUCAUAACCUUGAGUGAUCUUUCUUCUAUCUUCUUUAUUCAUCUUGCAAAUGUUUCCUCUUGCGCUAUCAUCUAUUAGCAUACGAGAUAUUCGUAUUCUUCAAACUCGCUACUUAAUUCCAAACCACGACCACUGUUCUGAACGUUAUCCUCUCACUUCUCGUAUACCGGCAACGGCUCCUUUAUAUACUCAAAGGGGC